AUGGUUCUAUGGCGCCAUGCUCCCGCCUCAGCGCUGCUGUCAGGGUCGCUUCUGCUAGCCACAACAUGCGCGCCCAAUGUAAUGCAGCAGGUUGUUCAAGCCUUGUCGAAGGCAGUGCCUCAACUUUCGCUUGGAUCGGUAGAUAUCUCUCUGCUUAGACCGGCUCUUGGUGGUGUAUUCGUGGCGGGCGCCCUUCGCUGGGCACACAGGAUGCUCAGCGAGUUGGCCCGAAAUUCUUGGAGCUUCAGACCAACAACAAACUGGGACUGGCCCAAUGAGAUUGCCAUCAUCACUGGAGGGUCCAGUGGGAUCGGAAAGUCGCUGGCUGAAAAACUUCUGGAGAAAGGAGUUCGCGUGGCGGUGAUUGACGUUCAGGAACUUCCUAAAUCGCUCGAGGACCACCCUCGAGUACACUUCUACAAGUGUGAUGUAUCUGAUGGCGCAUUGGUUUCUGCCGCGGCUGAAGCCAUUCGCGACGAGGUUGGCUCACCGUCUAUCCUUGUGAAUAAUGCUGGUAUUGCUAGCCACCACAACAUCCUCGCGUGUGACGAGGCAUACCUGAGAAAGAUCUUCGGCGUCAACUGCUUUGCCAACUGGUUCACCACCAGAGAGUUUCUUCCGAGCAUGAUCCAGGCCAACAAGGGUCACGUGGUUACUGUUGCGAGUUUGGCCUCCUUCUUUUGUUUCGGGGGCAUCGCCGACUAUGCCGGUAGCAAGGCAGCAGCACGCGCGUUCCACGAGGCCCUCGGCACCGAACUGAGGCAUAGAUACAAGGCACCCAAUGUGCUCACCACAAUUGUCCACCCUCAUUACGUCCGGACGCCGUGCAUUGGAAAGUACAUUGAGGGUCUUGAGAGACAUGGUUUCCAUCUUCUUGAGCCAGCGGAUGUUGCCGACAAGAUUGUCGCCCAACUCAUGAGCAGAAGAAGCGGAGAGCUGAUUCUCCCUGAGAGUGAAAUUAUGCUAUCAAGUUUCAGGGCAUGGCCUACUUGGAUACAAGAGCCGAUCCGUGAUAUUUUCACCAAGUCAUAG